AUGAACCUGCCGCUGUGACACUCCAGGCUGGGACAAGCAGGCAGCAGCCGGCCGGCCGCCCCCCAAGCAGCAGUCACACAGGUAAACACUCCGUAAUUACACCUUUUAUUCUCAGAUAGAGUGCAGGGGAGCUGUAGUAGGUGAGGGAGGCAGCUGCUGUCGAACGCAGGAUCCUCCUCCUCGGCAGCCAGGGAUCUGACAUGUUUGACGAGCUCAGGGUGUCUUUCUCUCGUCCUUAGUGCAACAUUAAAGCACCAGCAGGCUGAGCUAAGUGUUAGCCGUGUGCUGUUUCUACUCCCUGCGGCUUCCAAACACCUUCUGUCUGUCGUGUCACUUAUCUGUGCUGGCUGCAAAGAGGCAUGACUGAAGUGUGCUCACAUUAAAGCUUACUUCACCUCCUAUCCUGAGAUAUUUUUGGUGGGAAAGGUUUAUUCAGAAGUUUAACAUCAAUGUUCUGUCUUGUACUUUAAAGGGGACCCUGCCUGGAGCGCUCUGAACACCAGCAACAAGUUUUGACCUGGUACGUUCCUCCUUUUUCCAUCUGAACUCUCUUUUCCUGUUCGAAUCCUCAGAACUUUACCGCAGGUACAUGACUUUUUGGGGCAGAUUCGUUUUCUUAAGGAGGCCAUUGUGGACCUGCUUGGUUUUUAUUACAUGGCUAUUAUUACCCUUUCCUCUUUUGAACUUGCAUCCUGAAGGAGCUCCAAAUACCGAGCCUACCAGAGCCUUAAAAGGAGGAGUGGGCUCUCAUGUGUCAGGCGAGCAGCAGGUUGAGGGGGGGUUGGAGGCGUUAAAGUGGACCAGCUCUGGCCUACAUUUCACUGGGGUGACACACAUAGUAAACUGAGGAUAUUAAACAGUUGUUUUCGUACUGACUGCAUGAUACCAGAAACCCAAACCCUGCGGGGAGUCUGAUCACGAACCAAUAUGACUCAUAAUUUAACUUUAAACUGACUUUUAGUGUAACAUGACAUUAUUUUAAAAUCUAAAAUAAAAAAAUCUAGAAACAUACGAAUGUAAAUAAGCAAAAAGAUUAUUUUUAUAGCAACCUCAGAUAGAAAAAGAUGCAAGUAUUACAUCAGUGUGAACAACAUGAACCAAAAUAUGAUCAAAUAUUUGCAAAAAGCAGCGUGGUGAGCUGUAGGUCUGUGCAGAAAGAUGCAAAAGCACAAAUAAAAACAACAAAAAGUGCGAUCUGACAGUUUGGAUAAUAUAAAUGAAAAUAAAUCUCAGCAGGUAAAUCCAAUUAAUUAAAUAAAAAAACAAAAAUCAAUAUGUAAAGUAGAGGUAUUCUCUAUUUAACCGUACUAUCUCUGAGGUCGUCUUUUCCUCGCCUGUGAUUGGCUAUCAUCAGUGACAACAGGUUUGCGAGGCCCUAUCAGGUGUUACCGGGCUGUGAUGUCAUGAGGUCAGAUACUCUGCAUUCACUUUCCCCCCUCCGGCAGAUAUUUAUACUCAGCUAUAUGAGAGUGUUUACACCAGAAGAGACAUGAGAGGAUCCUGACGCGACAAAUGUGCAAAAUAAAGACCGGCCUGUAAGCUGUUACCUCAGCUCAUUUCACCGCCGCGAUGGUCAACGACGAAGAUCGGAUCUCCUGAUGGGACGAUCCCAAAUAUUUACAUGAAGAAGCACCUGAGGGAAGUGGAGCUGUAGAUGGAGAUGUUGGUCAAAGACUAUUACGAGCCAUAUUUUUACAUCUGCUCAAACAAAAUCUGAUUUUACUGAAAAUCGCACGUGUUCAUGGUUCCCAGAAGGUGAACCGAAAUGGAUUUGAAGAACAAGAACAACCACUGUAUUCUCAGGGGCCGUAACCAGCCCCUCUUGUUUUCUCAGAAUCCUCAGAAUAUUUUUACUCAGUGAAGCAGUUUUUAAAUGUUCAUGGUCCCCAGAGGAUGAACCCAAACAAUGUUGGCGGAUUAUUACGCUCAUCUUAAGCUCAAUUGUCAGUUUUACUAAAAAAUCAGCACCAAUCCAACAAACCCGAGGCUAUCACUGGAAUUUACUGUAUAUGUUCAUGGUUUCCAGAUGAUGAACCCUGAUGAAUAACUUUCCUGUCUUUAAGUGCCAGGAUGAGCUCUGUUUUUUAUCGAAGCAGAGAGAAAUUUUUGAAAAAUCACAUCUUAACAUCAAUUACCAAACUCUUAUGAAAAGCCCUCUGAAUGUUCAUGGUUAUCAGAGGUUAAACUUUGAUGGUUUUACCUCUGUUUUGAAACACCAUGAUCAGUUUCUAACUUUAUAUGAAGACGCAUCAAAAUCAUGAAGACAGGAGACAGCUGCUUUCAAUGCAUUUGCAGAAGUUUUCAUGGUUCUCAGAGGAUGAACCCAAAGUCUAUCACAUGAUUAUUACCUUGGUGUCAUGAGUCAAAAUCGGUUUGAAUUAAUUAGCAAAAGAAAAAGAUUAAAAUCAUCUUUUUAACAUCUCAACAACCAAGACAAAAAUCAUUGUUCUCAGAGGACACACCCAGCUGAUAACAUUGAGUUGGUACCCUGACCUCAAUUAUCAUUAUCAAUAUGGACUAUUGUGUGGGAAUUAUCCACAAACGAAUGAAAGGUUUAAUACUGGCUGAAGUAUUCAUGGUUCCCAGAAGAUCAACCCUAAAGAUAUUAACUUCCCACCUGAUAGGAAGUGUUUUGAUUAAAACCAAGUAUAUAGCCACUCAGAAAAACUCUGAAUUGAACAUAAAUGAUUCAAUACCACUAUAAUCAUAAUUUAGCUCCUCAGAGGAUGAUCAAUUUGACCGUCAUGACCUUCGACCUUACUUAAACAAUACGCAAAGCUACAACACAGGUAGGACAUUAAUCUCUUGGAUGCCUAUUACCCAUACAAACAAGACUGAUGAAAACUGCCUGUAUAAAAAUAGUAAUUAGGAGGAUGGGACAGUCCUCAUGGUUCACCACUGAUGUUAAUCUGAAAAUGAUACUUAAAGCAGCAGCUCGUGCUGAAAGUAAUCCCACUUUUUUAUCCUCUGUUUCUGCGGGUCCAGCUGAAGUUGCAGAGACCUCAUCUGCUCCGCAUCACAGCACUCUGAUUUACUGUUUUGAGGAAAGUGAUGCAGCCUGUAAAGAGCUGCGAGUCUUAAAAAGGGAGGCAGUUGAUUGGCCGACUUCCUCUCUAAAAUUAGGCGAAGGAUCAGCUGUGAGGCUGUAACAUCAUCCAGGAGGAGUCCACCUUGACUCUCCUGGACAUCAUCUGAUGAUGAUAUAUAUUUCUAUGAUAUAUUUAAUGAUUUCCCCCCUAGAUUACCAGAUUAAUCGCCAUAAUAUUGGACAGAAUAUAGUCAUAUAUAAUAGUUAUUUACAUAUUAAAUUACUGCAGCCUUUAUCCUAACUCAUAGAAACCACCCUAAGCCCAUUUUAACCCACGCAAUCCAACCCCAAACCCUCCAGUCUGGCCACACUGUAGUGAAAAUCUCUGUUACAUAACCGCAUUUCAGUCUAUUUCAAGCCUAGAACUGUUCAAAGCUCUAUAAAUACAAGAGGAUCACACAGAGGGCACUGCAUCGUCAGAAAAUAUUUUAAAUUUAUUUCAGUAAAAGGGUAAUGAACACGGAGAAAUCUCAAGAAAUGAUAUGAGAGGUGGAAAAGAGGAAGAUGACAGCUGGAGAUAUGAGUUUGAACUAAAACUUAAGAUUAUGAGUCUUCAUGUUGAACAUUGUUGAGAUAUAACCGGUAAACAAGCUAAAGUCUUAUAGUUUGGGUACAUGGUUGCAGUCAUUCACUUCUAUGAUUUGACAAAAUAAAAAACACUGAAUUGUUCGACUGUUUGAGAUUGUUCUUAAGCCAAAGUGUAAGUGCAGGACAGAUGACUUUAACAGCUUUAAUGUUGCAACUAACUUUACACAAAAGACCUCGAGGUUGACGACAAGACGACUGAAAUGAUUCUCCGACUUUAUGUUGGGGGGGGUAAUACAGAAACAUUAAAGCUCACAGUCAGAUAAAUACAUAAUAACAGACAGAGAACAUCAGAUAUUUCAAAAGCAAAGAGGGAACAUUUGAGGAGAAAGACUUUUGGGCUCAAGCUCUCGGUUUGUACGUUAAUACUUCAAGAGAAAGGUUGAAAUGAAAAACUCAGUCUGGUGUUGCUGCUGCUGUUACUGUCAGGAUCGAGGUGUACAUAAAUGUAGAUUAGAUGUCUUCUCAGUAAUCACCGUGAUAUGAAUCUGCAAAAUAAAAAGCAGAGCAGAGAUUGGCAAACAUGCACAUGUGACCUGAUUUGAUCCACUCAGAUUUGAUCCACUCAGAACAUUUGAGGCUGAAAUACUUGGAGGUUGAAUAAAAGUUGUGACAAAGUAUGAAAUGGUUGAACUACUUUUGACCUUUUAACACAUACAGAAAAGGAGUUUUGAUAUUCAUGGGUUUUAAUCAUGUUGCUUUUUUGAUGUGGUCACCAUCUGUACAGCACCAUUGGCAAGGGUCCAUUCCAGUGACAAAGUGCUGACAAAAACGUGCUUUUUUUAUAUGUAGUGAACCAAGACUGCACUGAGGUCUGUGGUUCUGAAAUUUGAGGAAUAUCCCUUUACCUGGUCUCCACAUCUACCUUGCCUGCAGUUUUCUCAUACUGAGGAGUCCCUAAUGACACUGAUGAUGUUGACGAGAGCAGCCAUGAAGUGAAAACGUGCUUUAUGGAUAAGCUUCUUAGACAUAUAUUGUAUAUAUCAAUAUUUGUGUUGUUAACAGCAGGUGGAGCAUCCACAAACACACUCAGUUGCAGACCAGGAGGAUGGGACAGUCCUCAUGGUUCACCACUGAUGAACAGCUAGAUUUAUCAAUAAUAAAGAGUCAGCCCAGCGCACAGGUGCAACAGAGGAUUGUGACUACAUUAGGGAAUUAUCAAAUUAGGUAUUAUGAAUGAUUUUGUAAAUCUAUGGGGAAAAACACCGAACAUGACAAAAUUAAACUGAACUACUAAAUGCUCUUUUUUUUAGUCACCAAAAGGUUGCCCUUUGUUGACCAUUUGUUUUCUGUCUCCACAGGGUGCAGAAGCGCUCAUGGCUAUCGCUUAUGGUGCUAUUACCCAGCCGGGCCUGCUUUCCCAGCAGUACCCCCCGCCCCUGCUGCCCAAGCCUGGAAAAGACAAUGUUCGGCUUCAGAAGCUCCUCAAGAGAACUGCCAAGAAAAAGGCCGCAGCUCAGGCAACGCAGUCCGCCGCACCUUUCCGCUCAAGCCUUUCCCCAGUGAACGAAGCAAGCCCUGACCUUGAGCACAGUGACCACUCAACGCCUCCUAAGACUCCAGAGGCUCCUUUCAGCCUCUACAAUGUCCAGCAGCCCGCACGGUUCAAUGUCAGGCCGCUGUACCAACAUGUUGCAUCGCCAUACCCACAGCGUGCAGCUUACGGUAGAACUGCAAGGUUCUCACCCCUGACAGUGACCCUCCCAUCGUACUCCUACUCCCAAAAUGUCACCACAGUGUCUUCAUAUUCUUCUUCAGGUCAAGUUUCAGGAGUUUCACCAACUCCAGAGCUAAUGCCCAAAAUAACUUUACCAGCGUUCCCUGCCCUACAACCAACAGCACCAGCAUUUGGCACAUUUGGUGAUGCUCAAGCUAGUCUGAGACCUGUCGCGGCUGUUGGAACCCAACAGCAAAAACCCAUCAGUCCAGGUCCCACUCCUUAUCAAGCAACUGGGACUCAAGCUUUGACACGACCUCUCACUGUGUUGACCCCACUCAAACCCAGAAGUCCACGACCAACAUUCAGGGCAACAGAACCCUCGAGAUCGCCCAAACCGAUGUUUGAUGUCCCUCAAAUAAGGAUGUACACGGCAAGUACAUCUUACUAUGAGACAUCAAGGACCCCACCGGUGUAUGACACAGCUGGAUUAACCAGUAUUGGCGGUACUGUUCCUCAGAGUAAAGCAGAACCAGAUUUGACUCCAGCCUCUGAGGUUGCAAGAGGUAUAACACCGACAAUCCAGCCGCCUCUACUGGGCUCAGACCCCCAGAGGAAAACACCAACUACUGAAGCAAGAAGAGGUACGACACCCACAACAGAGGUGACUACAGCUAUAACUCCAACACCUGAACUGAGAAGAGCCACUCCGACAUCCGAAAUCAAAAGAGCUACUCCAACGACUGAAUUGAAAAGAGCUACUCCAACGACUGAAAUCAAAAGGGCUACUCCAACAUCUGAAACCAGAGUUAAAACACCAACUGUUGAGUUCCAGUCACGAAUUUCUGCAGGGCGGCCAAGGACCCCGGCUUUCCAUACUCGAGCAGCAACCCCUGUCUUUGAAGUCUCAAAAGCCAAUCCUCUCCUGUUUGCAGUGUCCCCAGUCACGGUUGAGCCAGAGAGGUCAAGAACACCAAAGACAGUAUCAGCAGCAAGUGAUUCUGCUGCCGUCCCGACUUUGACGACUCCUGUGCCAAAGCUUACAGAAAUGAUACUUAACGGGGACAUCCUUUCUGACGUGAUGCCUGCAGCUAAGCCAGUUCAACCAAGUAUGACUAAAGCAAAAUCAGAGCCUGAUCUGACAAAGAAGGAGGUCCAACCGACUCAAUCUGGCUCUUUAACUCCGACACCUCAGCCAACAACACCAGUAGUGACUUCUUUUGGCUUUCAAAGGCCCAAGACUCCAACAUUCGAGGCAUCCAGACUAUUGAGCACAUCACCUGGCUACAAGAGACCAAAAACACCCACAUAUGGGACAUCAUCUUCUGGGGUAUCACCUGUAGCCUUCCAGAGACCUAAAACCCCGACCCAAGUGGCGCAAAAAUCAAAGUCAACCUAUCGUGGAUUGACACCAGCUGAAUAUGCUGCUUAUGGCGGGAUCAAAACAUUCACUCCAGCGUUUGGUAUCGCCUCUUUAAAGACGCAGGCUGAGGCGGAGGUUAAAGCCACGGAGGAAGAGGCAGUGGGACCGAAAGCACCGAGCCAAGAGCUCCCUGUGAAAGAACCGCCUAAAGCCGAGGUUUCACAAGUCAGAGAAACCCCCAAGGUUGUUGCGGACAAGAAGGUUGCAGCCACCCCCUCGGUGCCAGUUAUUGUUGUUUCUCAGGCAUCUGACUCCCCAGGAACACCAGAGACAAGUAUGGUGUCCAGUCAGGUUGUGGCAAAACAAGAAAAAGCUGUGAUUAAAGAAAUACCCAAAGCUGCACCACCAACAGUCGAGGCGAAAACUCCUGAGAAGAAGAUUGUGGCACUACCUGUGCAAGACGUCGCCAAACCAAAGCCAAAAGUCUCUGAAGCCAAGCAUCCUCCACCCAAAGGUGACGACCAGGAUCCUCUGAAGGCAGUAAGAAAACUUUUAGGCAAAGAUAAAGUCCAGCCUGCUGAGCAGAAGUCUGGAAUUCAGACAAAAGCUGACGUCUCAGAUAAGGUAGAGCCAACAAAACCUGCAGCUGCUGCCAAGACUAAGACAGAAGUCACAGAGCCGAGAACUGCGGCUCCUUCUGUGCCUGAAGAAAAAGGAAAAGGCAAGAUGGCAGAAUCAGCUACAGCAGGUAAACCUGCACCUGAGAAGAAGGAAGUCGAAGAACCCCUCCCUGCAGCUGAGCCCCUUCUCAAGGUCUUACAAAAGCCAAAGGGAUUGAAAUCCAAAUUGAGCGGGUGGUCUAGACUCAAAAAGCACAUGGUGGUGGAGCAGGAGGAGCCCAAAUUCCCAGAGAUAGGCACUGAGAAGGAGACCACAGGGACGGACCAGAGUGAGGGGAAGAAGGUUGAAGAGAAGGUCGCCGACAAGCCCGGCACUCAGGACGAGAACCAAACCAAAGACGCUCCUAAGGCAACUAAGAUGUGGGACGCCGUCCUCUUCCAGAUGUUUUCCACCAAAGAGAACAUCAUGCACCAGAUCGAGUUGAACAAAAGCGAGGAGGAUAAGACGGAGGAGAAAACAGAUGAGCCAAAAGAGAUCCCUUCGUUUGCGCACCGGCUGCCUGUGCUUCUUUUUAGCCCAAAGUUUGACGCCAAAAAGCUCAGAGAGGCGGCAUCCAGGCCGGUAACGAAGAUUUCAACUGUUUUUGAAAUGGGUUUGAUUGGGCGGAAAGGUAAAGAAGAGGAACCAAAAGACUUUAAUAGAACAGCCAGGGGGUUCACGUCUACUUAAGCUUUUAAAACUUAUGAAUCGUUAAGUGCCAAGAUAAAAAUGUAAAGAGAAAAAAAAAGUGAUUUUACGUGUUUUAUGUACAGGUGCAGAAAUCUUAGCUUCAGGAAUUAUGUACAGGUCUAGUCUUUGUGUGAAUCGAAUGAUGUUUGUGGCAGUGUGGUAGAGAAAGUCGGCCUGAACUUUUUACUUGACAAGUGCUUCAUGUUGCAUUUGUGUGACUGGUUGUCUGGAUGUUAAAUGUUUAUUUUUGUGGAUUCACCGGACAGAAAGAAAGAAAAAGAAAGAAAGAAAGA